AUGUCGCUUCGAUCCCUCCUCACCGUCAGCGGCCUCGUCUGCUCGGGGCUGGCCAGCGUCCUGUCCCGUCGAGCAACGCUGGACUCCUGGCUCACCAGCGAAGCGACCGUCGCGCGCACCGCCAUCCUGAACAACAUCGGCGCGGACGGCGUGUGGGUGGCGGGCGCCGACUCGGGCAUUGUCGUCGCCAGUCCCAGCACGGACAAUCCCGACUACUUCUACACUUGGACGCGUGACUCGGGCCUCGUCAUCAAGACCCUCGUCGAUCUGUUCCGCAACGGCGACACCGGCCUGUUGUCCACCAUCGAGCAGUACAUCUCCGCCCAGGCGAUCGUCCAGGGCAUCAGCAACCCCUCCGGCAGUCUGUCCAGUGGUGGACUGGGCGAGCCCAAGUUCAAUGUCGACGAGACGGCCUUCACCGGGGCCUGGGGACGACCGCAGCGCGAUGGGCCGGCGUUGAGAGCUACGGCGAUGAUCGAUUUCGGGGAGUGGUUGAUUGAAAAUGGAUACACCAGCAUCGCGACCGAUAUCAUCUGGCCCCUGGUCCGAAAUGACCUGUCGUAUGUGGCGCAAUACUGGAACCAGACGGGAUACGACCUCUGGGAGGAGAUCGAUGGAUCGUCGUUCUUCACGAUCGCCGUGCAGCAUCGCGCCCUGGUCGAAGGCAACACCUUUGCGGCGAACGUCGGCUCGUCCUGCUCCUGGUGCGAGUCGCAGGCUCCCCAGAUUCUUUGCUAUUUGCAGUCCUUCUGGACGGGCAGCUACAUCCUGGCCAACUUCGACAGCAGUCGCUCGGGCUUGGACGCCAACACCCUCCUGGGAAGCAUCCACACCUUUGAUCCGGAGGCGGGCUGCGACGACUCGACCUUCCAGCCGUGCUCCCCGCGCGCGCUCGCCAACCACAAGGAGGUCGUCGACUCGUUCCGCUCUAUCUACACCCUCAAUGAUGGCUACACCGAGAGUGAGGCGGUGGCUGUCGGUCGGUACCCCGAGGACGUGUACUAUGAUGGCAACCCGUGGUUCCUGUGCACGCUCGCCGCGGCGGAGCAGCUGUAUGACGCGCUGUACCAGUGGAACCAGCAGGGAUCGCUGGAGAUCACCGAUGUGUCGCUGGCAUUCUUCCAGGCGCUGUACAGCUCUGCCGCGACGGGCACCUACUCUUCGUCCAGCAGCACUUACACCAGCAUCGUGGAUGCCGUGAAGACCUAUGCGGAUGGCUUCGUGACCUUUGUGGAAACCCACGCCGCAACCAACGGCUCCCUGUCCGAGCAAUACUCGAAGACCGAUGGCCUGGAGCUGUCCGCUCGCGAUCUGACCUGGUCCUACGCGGCCCUGCUGACGGCCAACAACCGCCGCAACUCGGUCGUGCCCGCUGCCUGGGGCGAGACCUCCGCGAGCAGCGUGCCGGCGACCUGCGUGAGCACAUCCGCGACCGGCACCUACAGCAGUGUCACCAUUGCCUCAUGGCCGACCAUUGUCGUGAGUGGCGCCACGUCCGCGACGACGACUGCCACUGCCACUGCCACCGGUAGUGCAACCACCACCACCGCCAGCAAGACCACCACCAGCUCGACCUCAUGUACCACCCCGACCGCCGUGGCCGUGACGUUCGACCUCUCGGCCACCACGACCUACGGGGAGAACAUCUACCUGGUGGGAUCGAUCUCGCAACUGGGCGACUGGGACACGAGCGACGGCAUCGCGCUGAGCGCGUCGGACUACACGACCAGCGACCCGCUGUGGUUCGUGACGGUGACGCUGCCGGCGGGCGAGUCGUUCGAGUACAAAUUCAUCCGGAUCGAGACAGACGGGACGGUCGAGUGGGAGAGCAGGAAAGCUGUUCGGCAUUGCGGAUAUGGCGGAGAUAAGGCACUCCGGCUCCGAGGCGCCACCGCGCAAGGGGUUGGUUUGCCCCUUGGAACAGGAUGGGACGCGACGGGGACCUCGACCCCGGCGCGCAAGCCCAACUUUCUCUUCAUUCUGACCGACGACCAGGAUCUGCAGAUGAAUUCUCCGGCUUACAUGCCACACACCCAGUCCCGCAUCAAAGAUCAAGGCGUCGAGUUCCUCAACCACUUCGUGACCACCGCGCUGUGCUGCCCCUCGCGCGUCAGCCUCUGGACAGGUAGACAGGCGCACAACACCAAUGUGACGGAUGUAUCGCCGCCUUACGGAGGAUACCCGAAAUUCGUUUCGCAGGGCUUCAACGACAACUUCCUCCCGGUCUGGCUGCAGUCCGCCGGCUACAACACCUUCUACACGGGCAAACUGUUCAACGCGCACAGCGUCACCACAUACAAUGCGCCGUUCGUUAACGGCUUCAACGGCUCGGACUUCUUGCUGGACCCGUUCACCUACUCGUACUGGAAUGCGACCUACCAGCGCAACCACGAGCCCCCGCGCAGCUACGAGGGACAGUACACCACCGACGUGAUGAAGGACAAGGCAUUGGGUCUGCUGGACGACGCUUUGGCGAGCGAUUCCCCGUUUUUCCUGACGGUCGCGCCGAUCGCGCCGCACACCAACAUCGAUAUGAAGGCAGCGACCGUGGGUGCCAUGUCCAGUCCCCAGAUGACCGAGCCGCUCCCUGCGCCGAGACAUGCGUCUCUGUUUUCCGAUGCCAAGGUGCCGCGGACUCCUAAUUUUAACCCCAGCGUGAAAUCCGGCGCCAGCUGGGUCCAGACGCUCGAGCUGCAAAACCAGACCGUCAUCGACUACCAGGACCAUGUUUACCGCCAGCGUCUGCGCGCCCUGCAGGCUGUGGACGAGAUGGUGGACGCGCUGAUCGCCCGUCUCGAGGACAGCGGCCAGCUCGACAACACAUACAUCAUCUACAGCGCCGACAACGGAUACCACAUCGGGCAGCACCGGCUCCCGCCCGGCAAGACGACGGGAUACGAAGAGGACAUCCGCGUGCCGUUCUAUAUCCGUGGCCCCGGCAUCCCGCAGGGAGGGAGCGUCGACCGCGUCACGACGCACAUCGACAUCGCGCCGACCCUGUUCGACCUGGCCCGGCUUCCGCUGCGGAACGACUUCGACGGGACCCCGAUGCCGGUGCCCAGUCAGCGGGAGACGGAGACGCAGACGCAGUCCAUCUUGCACGAGCAUGUCACGGUUGAGUUCUGGGGCCACAGCGUGCUGGAAGGGGAGUACUCCAGGAUCGGAUACAUGGGCACAUCCAACGUCCCAAACAACACGUACAAAUCCGCCCGGAUUCUAUCGCAGGAAUAUAACCUGUACUACUCCGUCUGGUGCAGCGGCGACCACGAGCUAUACGAUCUAUCCACGGAUCCCUACCAAAUGACAAACCUCUACCCCGCGCGUGCCUCCCUUACACUACUAAACCGGCCCCUCGAACUCGUCAUCGACCGCGUCGACGCCCUCCUCCUCGUCCUGAAAUCCUGCAAGGGAAGCACCUGCGUCCAACCCUGGAAGGUCCUCCAUUCUGAUGGAUCGGUGGCCAGUCUGAAAGACGCGCUGGGAACGGAGUACGAUGCGUUCUAUGCGGCUCAGCCAAAAGUGCAGUAUACGGCUUGUGAAGCUGGGUAUUUGAUUGAGUCGGAGGGGCCGCAGGCGGGAUUGCAGUAUCGGGAUGGGCUGAGUUGGGAGGCGUGGACUUAG